UAAGAGGCAGCAGCAGGAGGGCUAUGACAAGUAAUUUACUCAUCUUCCUUUUCUACUGUAAACAAGAUGGAGAGCAAGAGGAAGAAGAAGAUGUGGCAAGUGCAAAAAAGAAAAAGAAAAACAUCAGGACUUAUUCCUUGUCUUCUAUAGCAGAUCAUGUCCAGGGAGGAGAUGAUGGGUGCCCACCUUUCUCCUGUGGACAUCUCCGAGGCAUAUUGCCUCCUUUCCGUCGGCGAGGUGAUCCUCUUGAGUGCGGUGUUGAAGCAUACGAGCUGGGUUGCACCAGUAGCAAGGCUACAAUUCACAUCAACACAGGAAGAUACUAUGUGACCGCCAUCAACUACCCCGGUUCCUACUUUUGGGUCACGGAUCCCAACUUCAAUACCAGUAGCAGCUGCCCUCUUCCACUAUGGAACCACGUUCCUUAUUCAGGACACUAUGAAAAAAGUUAUUUAUAUUCAAAUGGCUUUAAUAAUUUGGAGAUUCGAAGCCGCUACAGAGCAUGUUUUGCUAAUUGUUCGCAGGCAGUAAUGGAUAAUAGUGCAUACAAGCCCGUUGCUUGCCUGAGUGCCAAAGAUUCCCAUGUUUAUGUCUGGGUAUCUGAGUCUGUAUGUGGGGUUGAGGAUCUUAAACCUUAUUGUGGAUACCUGGCCUUGACUCCAUUUCUCGUCACGUAUAAUGAUGAUCUGCAACAGCUACGGAAUGCAAGUUAUGCAGAUCUCACGAAACUCAUAAGUAAUGGGUUUACUGUCCAUUUUCCUGUGGAAGCAAGUGAUAUCCGUUCUGUCUCUAGGACAAUCAAUAUAUGCCUCAACAGGACAACCAGCUACUUCAAGGAGCAAAUAUAUGGCACAAGCAUCGUGAAUUGGACUCAUGCUAUUUUCUGGAGUGAGGUGCAUUUCUUAGAAUGCGUGACUGAUACCAACUUUGGUAGCCACUACACAACAGAGUCGCUUUUGGUAGUUGUAACCAUAUUAUCUGCUAUUGGCAUCUCCAAGUUCCUUUUCGUACUAUGCAGGUUCUUCUUGGCACCCUUGGCUGUAUGGAUAUUCCUAGUCUACAAGUACUGGAAAACAAUGAUCAUAAUUGAUGCAGUUGAGAAGUUCCUCAGGAUUCAACAAAUGAUUGGCCCGACGAGGUACUCCUACACCGACAUCAUUGCAAUCACAGGCCAUUUCAGAGAUAAACUGGGCCAAGGGGGAUACGGCACCGUAUACAAGGGCGUGCUACUCCCAGGCGAUGUUCAUGUCGCCGUGAAGAUGCUAGAGGGGAACUCAAACUGCAAUGGAGAGGAUUUCAUCAGCGAGGUCUCCACCAUUGGCAGGAUCCACCAUGUCAACGUGGUGCGUUUAGUGGGGUUCUGCUCGGAGGAAAUGAGAAGGGCCUUAGUCUAUGAGUACAUGCCCCAUGGUUCUCUGGACAAGUACAUCUUCCCUGUUGAGAAGAGCUUCUCAUGGGACAAGCUCAAUGAGAUCGCUCUGGGCAUUGCCAGGGGGAUCAACUACUUACACCAGGGGUGUGACAUGCAGAUUCUACACUUUGACAUCAAGGCGCACAACAUCCUUCUCGAUAGCAAUUUCGACCCAAAGGUCGCGGAUUUCGGACUCGCCAAACUGUACCCGAGGGGCGACAGUUUCGUGCCACUGAGCGCCAUGAGGGGAACAGUUGGCUACAUAGCCCCUGAGAUGAUAUCCCGGAGCUUCGGUGUCAUAUCCAGCAAGUCCGACGUGUACAGCUUCGGGAUGUUGCUGCUGGAGAUGGCCGGCGGGAGAAGGAAUGCUGAUCCAAACAUGGGGAGCUCAAGCCAGGCAUACUACCCGUCAUGGGUGUACGACCAGCUGACUCGGGAAGAAGCGGGCGAGAUAUCUCCAGUUAAUGCCGACAUGCACGAGCUAGAGAAGAAGCUGUGUGUUGUCGGAUUAUGGUGUAUUCAGAUGAGGUCUCGUGAUCGGCCAACAAUGAGUGAGGUCAUUGAGAUCCUGGAGGCUGGGACCGACAGCCUGCAGAUGCCUUCAAGACCGUUUUUCUGCGACGAAGGGCACAUCCAUGUGGAGGACUCUUACCAUUUCACUUCCGAGCUGACGGUGAUGUCAGAGGAGGAAUCGACUGCGGUGUCAGAGCAAGAAGAUGUGUGAGGUAUAUAUAUAUAUAUAUAUACGAUGUGUGAUAUAUUUUGUGUAUGUAAUCUGCACUUAUAUGUAUGUAUUCACAGAGUGAUGCACUUAGCUAAUAUGGGAGAAACAGGGCAACUUCAAAUUAGUUUGAAAAAACAGGGCACUUCAAAUGAGUUUGAAAUAUUACAUCCAUCUAUAUGUUUGUUCAUUAUUCUUGAUACAAAUUCUGAUC